AUGACUCCGUUCCAUUCAAACCAGAAUUCGUAUAUUAUCUCUCAAGACUUAGCUCAGCUACAAACAAUCGGUCCUUUAGAAAGCGGAAUGCCGCUGUAUCAAGGAAUUGUGAAUCCUCAACAGAAUGCUCAGGAUUACUUAAUUCACCGCCCUCCCCAAAGACCGUGCAAGCGGCCUCGCCGUUACCCUUGUCAAUAUAUAGGAUGUGAUCGAAGUUUUGAUUCGCAGUGGGCAUUGGAGCGACAUAUUCGCAUUCACACAGGAGAGAAGCCAUUCUGUUGCUCCUAUCCGGAUUGUGGUAAAAGCUUUACGGAUAAAUGCGCUCUGAAGCGCCACGAACUCACGCACAACCCCGAAAAGCCCUUCAAAUGCAGCUUUCCGAACUGCAAUAAAUGUUUUAAGACGAAAAAUUAUUUGGAAAUUCACCGUCGUCUGCACACCGAAGAAGACCCUUACAAAUGCCACUUCAAAGGCUGUGAUCGUUCGUUCUCUUCUCCCAAGAGUCUGAAGCGACACGAAAAAUUAUGGCAUAACACGGGCGGAACGGAGUCGGCCAUCGAACACGAACUUCGCGAGAAGAUUAUUCGCGCACAGAAUCGCUAUCGAGUGAAGGCGGCCAAGCUCGACUUGCAGCUGAAGCGAGCGAUGGCAAUCAACAAGGCGCUGAAGAAGGAGAAAGCGGAGCUGCACAAGUUCGGGCAGUCGCAGGAGCUUCGAAAGAAGGAGCUGGAUGCGAGCGGCGAGCUGAAGAUCGCGAAGGAAUCGCCGGAGAAUUUGUUUUUGCAGCCGCUGCAGACGGAGUUGGGGAUGCAGCAGGGAUUGGAGGCGGGCGAGGGGAGCCAUAAAGCGCAGAAUUCGAUCGCGAUUCCGGCGAUUCAUUCGCUGGAGGGGAAUUCGAAUGCGAUGGAGUAUACUGUGAGUACGAUGAUGCGGGAUCCGAUCACAGAGAUUGCGUUGUAA